AUGCGAUCACCAUCAUACAUUCGUCGAACGGGAGAGCAUCACGCAAAAUUCAGCAACGAGUUCUAUGUGGACGAUGAUGAUUCGAAGGAACAAGAGCCAAUUGCGAUCUGUGCCUUCUCUCUGAAGUUUCCUCAAGAAGCAUCCUCUGAGGAGGGUUUCUGGGCCAUGAUUUCUGAAAAGCGAAGCGGAAUGACAGAAUAUCCUCGAGCUCGGCUGAAUGUUGGUGCAUUUCACCAUGUAACACGACGCAAUGCCCUCCGUACUCGAGGAGCACACUUCAUCGAGGAAGAUCUCGGACUUUUUGAUGCUGGAUUCUUCUCCAUAUCGCCUAGCGAGGCUGCCGCUAUGGACCCAAUGCAACGCAUUUUGUUGGAGACUGCCGUCCAUGCCUUCGAGAGCGGGGGCAUACGCAUUCAAGAUUUGAGAAAGUCUCGCACCUCGGUUCAUACUGGAUGCUUCACCAAUGAUUACCUACAACAAACACUCAAAGACGCAGAAAGACUACCAGCUUACGCAGCCGUCGGCGCCUCUCAAUCCAUGCUCGCCAACCGUUUGAGUUGGUUCUUUGACCUUCGUGGACCCUCCGUCAACCUGGAUUCGGCGUGCUCAAGUAGCGCAAUGGCUGUCGAUCUUUCAUGUCAGCUCUUGCGUAGCGGUGCCACGGACAUGGGCGUAGUGGCUGGCUGCAACGUGCUUUUAGAUCCCGAUUAUAGCACAAUCUUGAGUAACAUGCAGAUGUUGUCUCCAGAUGGUCGCUCCUACGCCUUCGAUCAACGUGCGAACGGUUAUUCUCGAGGAGAAGGUGUCGCAGUUGUUGUUCUGAAGCGUCUAUCUGAUGCCCUUCGAGCAAAUGACACAAUACGGGCAGUCAUACGAGCAUGCACUACCAAUCAGGAUGGCAGGACACCAGGUAUCACGCAACCUGACUUUCUUGCUCAAGCUCAGCUCAUACAAGAGACCUAUCAGAGGGCUGGCCUGAGCUUAGCGCAUACGAGAUUCUUUGAGGCACACGGCACCGGAACGGAGGUUGGAGACCCUACCGAAAUCGCUGCUAUCGCUAGGUGUUUCCAUGAGCAUCGAACAGAACAAGACCCUCUCUAUGUUGGAUCUGUAAAGACCAAUAUCGGCCAUCUAGAAGGAGCUAGUGGAAUCGCAGGUUUACUCAAGGCUGUAUUAGUCGUUGAGACUGGCAUAAUCCCCCCAAACACAAAUUUCGAAUCUAUCAACCGGAGGCUGGCGGCUUACAAUCGUAUCAUCUCAUUCCCGAUCGAGUGCAAGCCAUGGCCUCAUUCUCCAAUCAGGAGAGCAUCGGUCAACUCAUUUGGAUACGGGGGAACAAAUUGCCAUAUCGUGAUAGACGACGCUUAUAGCUACCUCACUCGGCGUAACCUGAAGGGAAACCAUGUCACUGUGUGUGGACCUGGAGAUCCGAGCCUUUAUUCCAGCCCUGGAAAGCUACGACGGACGCAUUCCAGUACCUUCGGAGGCCCCAAUCUGAUGGAAAGCCCCAACCUACCAAAGCUGCUAUUUUGGUCUGCAGCUUCCAAACAGAGUACCAUUGACCUCGUCACGACGUGGCAACAGUACACUGACAAUGCGGACAAGCCUCUGACUGCUACCACGCUUUCUAAUAUUAGCUACACACUUGACUCUCGCCGAAGCCGCAUGCAGUGGGGAUCAUUCGCAGUUGUACCAUCUGCUACAUCCUUGCGCAAUCUGACUGGAAUUGUAUCGACGCCUAAGGAAAGACUAAGACGAAGUCCAAGCCUAGCGUUCGUGUUCACAGGUCAAGGUGCGCAAUGGUACGCUAUGGGUCGCGAGCUGUUCAUGUAUCCUAUAUUCGCGGAGGGCAUACGUCGUUCGCAGUCAUUACUAGAAAGUCUUGGUUGUACCUGGUCUAUUGAGGUGGAGCUAUCCAAGAGUGAAACGGAGACUUUGAUUGACCAACCAAGUCUCGCUCAGUCGCUAACCACCAUUGUGCAAAUGGGUUUAGUCGACCUUCUCCAUGCCUUUCAAGUGCUUCCUAUCGCUGUAGUUGGUCAUUCUAUGGGCGAAAUCGCCGCGGCAUACUGUGCAGGCCUUCUCACGCGCGAAUCCGCCUUACGACUUACGUAUUACCGAGGGUUUUACACUUCUGAUAUUCCGAAAAGAAGUCCGUACAUCGGAGCUAUGAUGGCAGUUGGCCUCUCAGCAAAACAACUGGGGCCUUGCCUGAACGACAUCAACUCCGAAUCUCCCCAGGGCGUUGGAGAGCUUGUGAUUAGCUGCGUGAACAGCCCUUGUAACACUACGGUAUCUGGAGAGCAGUGUCGAUUGACAAAGCUCCAAAAGGUCCUCGACGGAAAAGGUAUAUUCAACCGCAGAUUGCGUGUUCCGGUCGCGUACCACUCUCCACAGAUGGAACACAUUGUCCCCGAUUGUCUUCAGCAUUUUGGGAAGCUGGAGUCGAUCCAAAAGGAUACCAAUGUCAAGAUGAUUUCCUCCGUGACUGGGACUAUCUUGACCAAGGAUCGAGCAUGCGAGGGAAGCUACUGGAUCUCAAAUCUGUUGUCGCCAGUUCUGUUCAAAGGCGCCAUGGAGCGACUGUGCUCGCAUCCGGUUGAGCGCUUGAGCAAAAAGCUGGAUUGCAGUCACCGCAAUAUUAUUGCGGUUGACCAUAUUAUCGAGAUCGGACCGCAUGCAGCCUUACGACUCCCAAUCCAGGAAAUUGCGCAAUCUCUUGCACGUGCGAAUGAUAUCACCUAUUUCUCCGCCCUGUAUCGGAAACAGCCUGCUUCUUCCACUCUCCUACAAAUGGUCGGCGAAUUGCACUGUCGAGGUCUCCCAGUGAAUCUUCGUUCCGUCAACGACCCCAACCCCUUACUGAAAGAGGCCCCCAUAUCUCUUGUAGAUGCACCAAAAUAUCCAUUCGACCACAGCGUCAGGUAUUGGGCGGAGAGUCCGCUUGUGCGAAACUAUCGAUUGAGAGAGCAUGGCCACUGGGAACUUUUGGGAUCACCGAGCCGGGACUGGAACCCGCUGGCGCCGGUCUGGCGAUGCUGUGUCAGCACAUCCGACAUGCCGUGGGUUUUAGAGCAUAAGGUUAACAAUACCGUACUGUACCCUGCAGCGGCAAUGGUAGUAAUGGCCACCCAAGGUGUGCUCCAGAUUUCUGGACGUCGGCAAAACAUAGUCGCGCUCACUCUGCGAGAUUUUCGUUGCGAGAGUGCUAUUCUCGUCUCACCGGGCUCCGAUGAUCUGGAAACCAGGCUAUACCUGAGACCUUUGCGAAGAAAGAGACGGAUUAAUUCCUCUUCGAUCUCUGAGUGGGAAUUUUCAGUCCAUUCCGUCAAGUGUGGCAACUGGAGUGAGAACUGCCAUGGAAUAAUUGAUAUCGACUCUUGCCCAAGCGAAGACUAUCGACUAAAUCGACGCUUUUACCAAGAGAAGUUUGAUCUUCGAUCUAAGGAGUGCAGCCGGCCCGUGCAUAGCUCCAUCAUCUACGACGCUUUCAACCAACAAGGCAAUCGCUAUGGGCCCACGUUUCAAGGAAUACGAACUGCUUAUCAUGGAAAGAACGGAGAAGUCUUGGCUGAUGUCAGCCUAGAUACGCCUCCGAAACAAGGAACGGACCAUGAAUGCGCAUUCAUAAUACAUCCGGCAACUCUCGACUCCUUCUUCCAAGUCGCUCUUGUCGCACUAAGCGAUCACCAUGGUUCAUCACCAACACAAGCUAUCUCUCGCAUUGACAGGCUUUGGAUAUCAGUCAACGGAUUAGCCCCCUCAGGAGAUAUGAUCCAUGUCUCGGCCAAGGUUGAGAACAGCUCCCAUUCGAAGAUUCUGUACUCGGCUUUUGCUUUGGACGGUAAACGUGAACUCAAGUUGGCCCUCAAUGGCCUAGAAACCACCAUAAUCGCUUCCCAACUCUUAAAAGAGCCCAUCCCCGAAGACAAUCAAUACUGGUACAAGGUUCAGACAGCUUUGGACGUCAACAUGCUCUCCGGCCCUAGCACGCUUGAGUGGUUGCAUGCGCAACGCGGAGCCGAUGCACAAGGCCCUAUUGAGUUUUUCCACAAUCUUAGAAAGUAUCUUCGAUUCACGGUCGGCAAACUCAGAAGGGACGCCGAGGCGUCAGGAAUUGACUCAACGCGGCCGCAUCUGCAAAGAUACGUGGACUGGAUGGAGACCCAUGUCGGGUCAACAGACGAGCAUCUAACUGUAGAAUAUGCAGCUUUGCUUCGUGCACGCCUAGAAGGAGAUGGGUUCUUAGGAAGAUUCUUCACCACGGUUGCUGAUCACGCUCUCUCUGUUCUACAAGGCAGCUCGGACAUGAUUCAAAUUCUCUUCGGAAGCGACAACCUUGCAGAACAAUUCUACAAACAGCAACUCUCCGGCUCUCUAUACUACCAAAAGUUCCAACUGUAUCUUGAGUCACUGUGCUUCAAGUCGCCGAGCAUGAAUUAUCUUGAGAUUGGUGCGGGAACUGGAUCCUUUACCAAGCAUAUCCUUGAAGCAGUUUUCCCACGCUACACUGGAGCUCCAGAAAGACUGAGCAAGUAUUGCUUCACAGACAUUUCUCCAGCCUUCUUCGAGAAAGCGAAGCAGCAAUUUGCUGGGUAUUCGCAGGAGAUGGAGUUUGCCAUACUCGACGUCGACAAUGAUCCAGAAGUACAAGGUUUCAAGGAUCGUUCCUACGACGUCAUUGCCGCCUCCAACGUGUUGCAUGUCACGAAAGAUCUAGAUCGUACAUUGCAAAGACUACGGAGACUGCUGAAACCGGGGGGCAAGCUCUUCAUCCAUGAGUACGUACGUCCAGAAAGCAUAGAAGUCGGUUUCGUCUUCGGACUUCUUCCGGGUUGGUGGCCAACGACUCAUGAUCAUCGCCGUAUGAGUCCGCUAUCAACUGAGGAGAAGUGGGAAGAUCUACUACGCUGCAAUGGCUUUUCAGGUGCGGAUUUGAUCCUCCGUGAUUUCGCGGACGAUGAAUCGCAUUUGAUGAGCAUUAUUUGCUCAACUGCGAUAGAAGUCGACUCUGAGAAGCCUCGUCCCACUGCUGUGAUCGCAAUACAGGGUAACUCCAUCUAUCAAAAAGCGUUGGUGGCAGCCCUUCUCGAUCGAAUAUCACAGCGCGAUUUUCGUAACAUAUCAGUCGCAGACAUCUCUACGUUCUCGCCGGAUAGAUCUCCAUCAGAUGUCUUGAUAUCGCUGCUCGACACGGACUACGCUAUACUCUCCGGUAUGAACGAAAAGAUCUUCGAAACCGUGAAAGAUCUACUCCACCGAUUUACCAAAAUCUUGUGGGUGAGUAAAGGUGGCGGAAGAUCUGCAGAUCCAAGACAUGGAAUGGUCGACGGAUUUUCCAGAGUGUUUCGAGCCGAGAACAUCGAUGCGAAAUUCGCCACCCUAGCGUUGGAACUAGACCCCCGUGCUCAAGUCGCUGAUGCAGAAUUGAUCGUUUCAUCGGUCAAGCAACUCAUGGAAUCGCCAAAGCUACAGCAUCCGGACGAUCACGUAGUGCGACACGGUCAUCCGACAAUAUCUCGUAUUUGCGAAGAUAGCCAAUUCACAUCUGAUAUGUUGGGUAUUCUCCGCGGAGAAAUCAGCAAGAUCGUACCUGUACAUCAGGCGAGACCGUUCUGUGUUUCUGUUGGAAACGCCGGGUCUCCGUCAUGCCUGCGAGUUACCCGAGACACGCCUAGCUCCGAGCGUCCCGAGCCAUACGAAGUAGAAAUUGAGGUACACGCCACAACUCUUAGCGGAACAGAUCUUUCGACUGCCUUGCCGAGAAACCAAAACGGCGAUAUCGUCUCCAAGGAAUGCGCAGGUUUCGUUACAAGGGCUGGAGACCAUACGCUCUUUUCCCCCGGUGAUCGCGUGUGCGCCUAUGGCCACAAUGCGCUCCGAUCAACCCUUCGCAUUCGAAGUGAACUCGUUGCCAAGAUUCCCGAUGCGAUGAAUUUUGAGCAAGCAGCAGUUCUACCGGAGGCCUACGUUGUCGCCAAUUACAUCCUUCAAGAGGCACGCAUCCAGCCUGACGAUAUAGUCCUGGUCCAUGGCCAAAAUUCUUCUUUUGCAAUGGCCACUCUUUCCCUGUUAGCGAACGGGACCUUUCGAACUGUCGUGAUUGUUUCCCAAGAAUGCGACCUUUUAUUUCUUGAUACCCCUCAUGGGACAAUGUCUUAUUUCACGGAGCACUCAUUCGCUCGAUAUUGUCGCGAAGACUGCUCUCGGCAAGCAACUAUCAUGUUGGACUUCACCCGCCCCAAAACUGCCAGCUUGAAUAACUGUAUCUCCCCCUUUGGUCAGUAUUUCCGGAUCUGGUCAGCCGGAGAGGACGAUACCGCGCCAGAGAUCUCCAUUGAACUCCCUCCUACGGUCGGAUUCAAGAUUAUUGACACGAUGGAAGGGAUGAAGCAUCAAUUUGGCAAACUCAAGCUGCCAUUUCACGAUUUUCCGGAGACAAGCUGGGGGCUUGUUCAGAUGCCAUCGAAGGUACUCACAUUGCCUGUUGUAGAGAAUUUUUUCAAGACAGAGAGUCCUUUCGGCGAUAAGGAUCGGGUUGUAAUUCGAUUUGAUGCGCACGACCAGAUAAUCGUCAAGCUGCCCGUGAAUAUGAAAGCAUUAUUCGUUGCCGAUGCAAGCUACAUAAUCGCCGGUGGCCUCGGCGAUCUUGGAAGAACCGUGGCAUCUUGGAUGAUUGAACGUGGUGCUCGAAACCUCAUCCUUCUGUCGCGAUCAGGACCACGUUCUAAAACCGCCAAAGAUUUCGUCAAUCAAUGCGAACAAUCGGGCGCAAGAGUGAGCACCCCGGCAUGCGACAUUGCAGAUUGUGAAGUGCUGCUGCACACUCUUCAGCACCUACAUGGCUUUCCAGCAAUCAGAGGAUGUGUACAAGCGACUGGAGCACUCAAGGACAUAUCAUACCACAAGAUGAGCUUCCACGAUUGGAAAGUUGCCGUAGAUCCUAAAGUGCGCGGCUCAUGGAAUCUGCACCAGCUCCUUCCAAGGGGCAUGGAUUUCUUCAUUCUCGCAUCUUCUAUUACCGGCAUCAUCGGGCAGGCGACACAAAUCAAUUAUGCUGCAGGGAAUACGUACCAGGAUGCACUGGCCAAAUACCGACUUUCAACCGGGGAGAAGGCGGUGUCACUGGAUCUCGGGAUCUUGCUCACGGGCGGCCUCUUAGCGCAAAACGAAGGCUUGUUAGAACGAUUACGAGCUGAAGGCAUAUAUGUGCCGCUCUCGGAAUCUCACAUCACAGCGCUCUUCGAGUACUUCUGCAAUCCUCUCCUAGACGUGCAACAACUUCCGCCGCAAAUUGUUACUGGAAUCGUCAGGCCGUCACUACGACUCGGUAGGGCAACGGAUAUGCCCUUGGCAUUCUCGCAUCCCCUUUGGUCCCACAUGCUCAUCGAAAAUGGCGGGAAUACUAAGCACGAACCGAAGGAAAGUGAACCAGGUGCUCAUGGGCCCAGCUUGAAUGAUGCUGAAUCUCUUGCUGAGCGUGGCGACAUUGCCGCCACCGCUCUGGCGGAUCAAUUCUGCGCUCUUGCCCUAGUACCCCGAGAUCAGAUCAAGCUGGAAGAGCCCCUUCACACGGUUGGUGUAGAUUCACUAAGCGCGUUGUAUCUCCGCAAUUGGGCUAUGAAGCAAUUCGGAGCGGACCUUCCGGUUUUCGACAUUCUUGGGGACCUCUCGAUCAAAGCGCUCGGCGACAUCAUUGUGAAGGAAUGGACUGCGGCUCAGAGAUUGGAAAGUUCUUGA